GCCCGAAAUUGAACCCCGCCGUCCUGCACCUCCCCUCCGCCGCCCGACGCCUCCAGCGCCGCCGCCGCCGAUUUGCCGCCUUCGCCUCCAGCGCCGCUGCCGCCUCCAGCGCUGCCGCCGACUUCGCCGAUUCCUCCUCCUCCGCUGCUGCCGAUUCGCCACCGCCGCCGCGUCCGCCGAUUCGCCCCCGCCGCCGCCUCCAGGGCCGCCACCGCUGCCUCCAGCGCCGCCGCCACCCUCCAGCCGGGACCUCGCCCUCCGCCCUCCGCCGGGACCUCACCCUUCGCUGGGAGCCACCCUCCGCCGGGACCUCGCCAUCUGCCCUCCUCCGCCGGGAGUCGCAUGCCCGGAGCACGCGCGGGAAGAGCGAUACCGAGGCGGGGUGCCUCAGCAUCUCUCGUGAGCGUGGAGCGUGGAGCGUGGGAUACCAAUUGGGAUAGCGAGGGAAGAGAAAUAGCUAGCCCGUUGGAUCCAUUUUUGUAGGAUGUUUUUUUAGUUAACCCAUUAAAUAUACAUAGUCUUUGGAUAUGCUUAAAAAAAACCCAGCGUUCUUCAAGGCAUCCCUUCAUCAGUUAACGAAGGACUUUCUCUGAUCCAUUCUGAGAAAUGAUAGAGGCUCCGGUGACUGUUUCGCUCGGGGUAGUCCGCUCCCUCCCUGCCAAGCUCGAGCGUUUGCUGUCGCCGGAGGCCGACCAAUGGCGCCUCCGCGAGGGGGAGAAGAACAAGAUUCGCCUCCUCAAGGACCGCCUCCAGGAACUGAUGGACAAGUACCUGGUGGAGCCGUCGAAUGUGGUGGCCCCGGCCUCGACGGCCAGGUGCUGGGUGAAGGAGGUGCGCGAGCUGUCGUACGACAUCGACAAUUUUCUUGAUGAGCUCGCCCACGGGCUCCACUCGGCCGCCGCCCAGAAGAACCUCCGUGGCAGGGUCGCUAAGCUCCGGGAGGGCCUGAGUCGGAGCCGGUGGGUUGCCCACGAGACGGCACGAUUCAGGGCCCGAUUGGAGGAGGCGAUUCAGCGGCACAAGAGGUACAAUCUUGACAUGCACCAGAGCCGGGCAACCAGGAUUGAUUCGGAUGAAUUCCCAAUACCACCGCUGUACGGAUUGAAGGCGAUGCGCCUUGUUGGUAUCGACAGCUCCAUGGAAAAGCUUGGUGAUUGGUUGACUGGAGAUGGAGAGCAGCAAUUAAGAGUAAUGUCCAUUGUUGGACCUGGGGGAGUUGGCAAGACAGCUCUUGCAAAUGAGCUGUACUGCAAGCUCGGAAGGCGAUUCCAGUGUCGGGCUUUUGCGCGGUCAUCCCAGAAGCCUGACAUGAGAAGGCUUCUCACCAGCAUACUCUUACAAGUUCGUCGACAACAGUUGCCCGAUGAUGCAGAGCUGGGUAAUCUCAUUGGCACGAUCAGGGCACACCUGCAAGAUAAGAAUUACUUCAUUAUAAUUGAUGAUUUGUGGGCUUCUUCAAUGUGGGAUGUUGUCAGUCGUGCUUUUCCAGAUGAUAAAUGUUGCAGCAGAGUACUGGUUACAACGGAAAGUGAUGGUGUAGCUCAGAUAUGUUCUGGUCAUAACUCUAAUCGUAUUUUUAAGAUGGAACCUCUUAGCGACAAUGAGUCAAAAAAAUUAUUUUUUAGAAGGUUUCCCGGCAAUCAAUCUAAAAGUAAUGAACAGUUGUACGAAGUUUUAUCUGAAAUUAUAAGAAAAUGUGGUGGUUCUCCACUAGCAAUUAUUACUACAGCAAGCCUUUUAGCAAGACAACAGAAUUGGAUAGAGCAAUGUAACUGCAUAAGGAGAUCACUGAGCUCAAAUUUAAGGACACAUCGAACUAUUGAAUGGAUGAAAGAAGUACUUAGCCUUUGUUACAACAAUCUUCCUGGUCGUUUAAAAUCUUGCAUGCUAUAUCUUAGUAUAUACAAAGAGGACCAUGUAAUCUGGAAAGAUUAUUUGGUAAAGCAGUGGAUAGCUGAAGGAUUUAUCUGUGCACAAGAAGGGAAAGGCAAGGAGGAAGUUGCAAGUACCUAUUUUGAUGAGCUUGUUAAUCGGGGAAUGAUCCAACCUGUAGACAUCAAUUGCAAUGGUGAGGUGCUAUCAUGUACAGUGCACUACAUAAUACACAAUCUUAUUAGGUACAAGUCCAUAGAGGAGAAUUUCGUAGCUGCUAUUGAUCAUUCUCAGGCCAACGUAAGACUUGCUGAUAAGGUUCGUCGACUGUCUCUCCAAUUUGGCAAUGCAGAAGAUGCAGCACAACCCACAAGAUUAAGACUGAUGCAUGUUCAGUCACUUGCCUUUUUUGGACUCUUCAAGUCUUUGCCUUCUAUAGCAGAGUUUCGGCUCCUUCAUGUUAUGAUCCUUCAUCUUUGGGGUGACCAGAAUAACAGAAGUUUCGACCUUACCACUGUCUGCCAAUUGUUUCGACUGAGAUAUUUGGAGAUAGUAUGUAAUGUCACUUUGGAUCUGCAAACCAAGAUGCAAGGUCUACAACACUUGGAGACACUUAUAAUAGAUUCUAGAAUAAGUGAGGUUCCACUGGAUAUUGUUCAUUUAUCAGGCCUGCGGUACCUCAGUCUUCCUGGUGACACAAACCUGCCAAAUGGUAUUAGCCAAUUGACAUCUCUACAUGCAUUAGGGUGCUUUGAUCUCAGUAACAAUUCAGCAGACAAUGUGCUGAACCUAGGCGAGCUGACCAAUCUACAAGAUCUUCGUCUCAUCUGUUCUACAAUGCCUUCUGAUAAUCUUGAGAAGAAGUUGCAGUGCUUGGGUUUAAUUCUUUCGAAACUCAGCAAUCUCAAGUCUUUAACCAUGUUACCUGGAGGCUCCUCAAAUGCUACUCUGAGGGCCAGUGCUUCAAGCAUUAAUAUUUCCUGUGAUAGCUUGAACAGUGUGUCCUCUCCUCCAGCUCUUCUCCAGAAGCUUGAGUUGUUGCCGCAGAUUUGCGUCUUUUCCAUCCUUCCGGAGUGGAUCGGAAAACUACGCCUACUAGCCAUUUUAAAGAUUCAAGUCAUGGGCCUAUCGGGUAAUGAUGUUGGUAUCCUUGAGGGACUUCCUGCCCUCUCUGCUCUCUUGCUGUAUGUCCGGACUGCCUCGACAGAAAGGAUCCAUUUUGAUAAGGAGGGAUUCCCAGUUCUCAAACACUUCAAGUUCAUCUGCUCUGCACUUUGCAUAGCCUUUGUGAAAGGAGCAAUGCCCAAUAUUCGAAGGCUCAAACUAGGUUUCAAUGCUAACACGUUGGUACAACACAAUCCAGCAGAUGCUGGCUUCGAACACUUGACAGGCCUCGAAGAGAUCUCUGCAAAAAUAGGAAAUGUUGGUGCUAAUGAAUCCAGUAGAAUGGCUGCACAGUCUGCAUUGGAGGCUGCCUUUAGCCCUCAUAGGGUCAACAUAAAAUUGGUGGAUUGGACCUUUUAUGGUGAAAAAGAAAGGAGUACAGCAGCCCAAAAGGAAAAACACCAGACUUUAGAAAAUAGCAAUCCAAUUCCAGAUGUGAUCACAAAAGAAGGCUCAGAUGAACGAUAUGGAAUUGGAGAAAAGGGAGCAAAGCAAGGUACAAACAAACGAUCUGAUAACAGGAUUACUGUGUCGUUGGAGUCCUUUCAGGAACAACAAGAAAUACAAGAAAUGGGAUCAGCAGAAGCCACAAGCAAACAACAUGAGACUGGGAUUACUAUGUCGUUGGAGUCCUCAGAUGAACAACAGGAAAUACAAGAAAUGGGCUUAGUGGAAGCCACGAGCAAACAACGUGGUAGUGGGAUUACUGUGUCGUUGGAAUCCUCAGAAGAACAACAGAAAGUACAAGGAAUGGGCUCAGUGGAAGCCACAAACAAACAACGUGGUACUGGGAUUACUGUGUUGUUAGAGUCUUCAGUUAAGCAACAGGAAAUACAAGAAAUGGGCUCAGUGGAAACCACAAGCAAACAUGGUACUGGGAUUACUGUGUUGUUGGAAUCGUCAGAUGAACAACAAGAAAUACAAGAAAUGGGCUCAGCGGAAGCCACAAGCAAACAACAUGAUACUGGGGAUCUGUCAAAUAACGAUUUGUCUGGACAAGUUCCAUCAACUGGUUCACUUUCAUUGUCCACCCCUAUCAGUUUUGCCAACAACCCUAACAUAUGUGGACCUGGCACCACGAAACCUAGCUCUGGUGCCUCCCACUUUUGUCCACCGACUGUGCAAUCACCAGGAAGUUGUUCCUCUUGUAUAGGAGCAAUUGGUAGUGGAGUGGUUGCUGGUGCCACCUUGCUAUUGGCUGUUCCUGCAAUAUGUUGUGCAUGGUGUCGAUGCAGGAAAUCACAAGAGCAUUUCUUUGAUGUGCAAGCUGAGGACAACAAACUAGUUGUGGCCGCCAAGCUUGGCCAGCUUAAGAGAUUCUCUCUAUGGGAACUAAUAGUUGCAACAGAUAGCUUCAGCACUAAGAACAUUGUUGGAAGAGGUGGAUUAAGCGAUGUCUACAAAGGAAGACUGGCAGAUGGUUCGUUAGUAGCUGUUAAGAGACUAAAGGAGGAGAGGACACCUGGUAUGGAACUACAGUUUCAAACAGAAAUCGAGAUGAGCGGUAUGGUCGUUGUACACAGAAAUCUUUUGCGUCUUCUUGGAUUCUGUAUGACAUCAACAGAAGCGUUGCUUGUAUAUCCUUAUAUGGCUAAUGGGAGUGUUGCAUCACGUUUAAGAGAACGGGAACCAUUUGAACCUCCUUUAAAUUGGCAAACGAGGUUGAGGAUUGCAUUAGGUUCUGCUAGGGGCCUGUCCUGUUUACAUGACCAGUGUGGUCCAAAGAUUAUACAUCGUAACAUCAAAGCUACGAAUAUUUUAUUAGAUGAAGACUUUGAAGCUGCAGUGGGACACUUCAAUUUGGCCAAACUAAUGGAUCACAAGGAUACAAAUGUAACCACUGCUUUUCGUGGAACAAUUGAGCACAUUGCGCCAGAAUAUCUUUCGACAGGAAAAUGCUCUCAGAAAAGCGAUGUGUUCGCUUACGGAAUGAUGCUAUUGGAGCUUAUUACAGGACAGCGUGCCUUUGAUCUUGCUCGCCUUGCCAAUGAUGAUGAUGUCAUGCUACUUGACUGGAUCAAGGGACUACUAAAGAAGAAGAGUCUGGAGGUGCUCAUUGAUCCAGAUAUAGGGAUGGACUACAACUACAUAGAAUCUGAGGUUCAAUCCCUGAUCCAGGUUGCACUCCUUUGCACACAGGGCUCCCCAAUGGACCGACCUCAGAUGUCGGAGGUGGUGAGGAUGCUCGAAGGUAAUGAUGGACUUGCGGAGAGAUGCGAAGAAUGGCAGGAGCUCGAGCUGCCAGGCCCUGUGUAUGAAUCAUCCUAGUCGAUUCCCCAUUUGAUCAUAUCAAUGUGUAUGGAUUACAAUGAUGACGCUGCUAAUUUUUAUAUUUUGUAAGGGUAAUACCAAUGUGUAUGAAUCAUCCUAGUCGAUUCCCCAUUUGAUCAUAUCAAUCAAUGGGCCAAUAUGUAGUUAUUGAGAAUAUGUUCAAAUCUUAUCGGGGUAUUGCUCACUUUCCUCAAGGUGUCACCAUGAGCAUGCCCUGUGCAGUGGCGUAACCAAGGCCCUGUGUGUUUAAAGGAGCUGAGGUAGGGGUGGAGGUGAGGUGAUAUGCUGAUGUGGCUAUCUGUGCUGAACCGCUUAUUUGUUUCAACCUAAAAUUUAAUCCAAAGGAGAUACAUUCUGAAA